AUGGUCGUCGGGACCGAAGUCGAGAUGGUCAUCGGGGCCGAAGUCAAGAUGGUCAUCGGGACCGAAGUCGAGAUGGUCGUCGGGACCGAAGUCGAGAUGGUCAUACGGAACGAGGUCGAGAUGACCACAGGGAGCGUCGCCAUUCAAGGCAUAGGGAAUAUCGGAAGCGCAGUACGAGUCCAGCGCACCGGCAUAGGGAGGAUUGAUGGAGAUGGACCAUAUGGAUUUAAUGACGGCAUGCGUCUUGUCACCGGAAGCAAAUAUAAACAAGAUACCCGGACCCAAUCAUGCCGAAAUCACCACAAUGUUAAGUAA